CGAAAUCGGCUGACCCCUCAAUGACAAGCACUCCUCCUUAGUGGACGGAGGCAUGGAUUCGUCCGUGCAUCAUCUUAUUUCCGGAUUAUACCUCGACAUGAAAACAUGGCGUGGGGGCAACGGCACCGAACUGUAUCCGCCCUGGAUGAAUCCACACGUGGUAUCGAGAGGUCAACAAUUUGCUUUGGAAAAUGUGACAGGAGUUGUUUUAUCGGCAUUUUACGGGUUAACUAUGCUCUUCGCAUUUCCCCAGAUAAGCGAUAUUCUCAUCUUUACAGAAAAUUCUGACACCCGUCCGCGCGCCGGGCGUCGUUAUGCUGCCACCAUGUUACAAGUAUUUCUCUGGAUGCGACGCGGAUUUCAAAUGUAUCCAGCCUGGACGCUGAAAAGUUUGUCGAACGUGCACCUAAUCCAUGGCAGAGUGGCAGAGAACGUGGCAGCAGCCUUGGCGCAAGGAACCUUUCGUCACAGGGUUGAGUCUAUUGUUCAAAAUAGGAAGAUUAAUUCCGGUUUGUGGGCAGCCUUCCAGACGGACUUGGACCAAUCUGGGAUCCCUCAAAUUAUGCGAAUUAUUCCGAAGGAAUUGCAAAGAGGGAACCAUAUCCGCGUUCCAAUGAACCAGUUCGUCCACGCCAUGACACAGUGGGCCUUUUUCGCCGUGCUUGCCAGAAAUCCUGAAAAAACUUUGGUAUAUAACUCCAAAAGGGAAGGACUUUUGGACUUUGCACAUUUAUGGGCUGUCCUAGGUCACGCUAUGGGGUUGGAGGAUGACUUCAACAUAGCCCUGCCCCACACCCAGUACCCCAGACAGUUCCAGGUGGAAAGAAUGCAGAGUUAUUUAAGUGAAAUAAAAUCCACUUACUUUAUUCCGAUGCUCUUUAAUUUGCAAAAGGAGAACACAAUUUUAAUGGAGGCAUUUAUGCAGGCAACUUCAGAUAUUUUAGGAAAUCCAGAAUUCCUCACAGAUCCGGAAUUUUUACUGAGAGGAAUUCUUCGUGACGUGGUGGGUAUCCCAAUUCCCAAUUUAGAAGCAAGACGACGCUUCAGUCCGGUCUCAUCGUACAGUUUGGACUGGUUGGUACAGGUCGCUUCGAGACUGCCAAACAUUCUAUUUUCCAACUGGGACAAAAUCUUUGCACCGUUCGCUGCCCUUACACAUUUUCAAAUAGGUUUCAAGUAUUUUGGACUGUUGUACUCGUCCGAUGAAAGUAUAGCGAAAUACUGCUUUGUAACAUGAAAUUAAGUAUGUAAAGAUGCAGUACAAAUUCAUAAAUCAUGUAUAAUUACUAAUUUACUUGCACUCAAAAUAUUCUGGUGGAAAAUUGUUGCCACGAGGACUGUAUUAGACUGUACAACGGGGUUUGUGAGAAUUUGUUUGGUAGUAAUAAAAGUAAAGAAGCAUUCCACUGUUGAAUGGCUUCCUGGAUAAAAACGGGAUUUAUGUAGAAUCAAAAAUUUAUGUAUGUAUGUAUGUAUUUAUUAGGGCGAUGAUAUGGGCGACAAUUUAUUAAAAUAACUUACCCCUUACAUGAACUAAUCAGGUAAAGAAAGUAAUUUAGCUUAUUGUGGGAAAAUAUCAGUGUUUCUUUUUGUGCAUGCAUAGUGCAUAAUAUGCACAAAAAUGCACAAAAAUGCAUAAAAAUUAAUAUCGGGCGGAAUGCCGCUAAUUUCAUACUUCAC